AUAUAAAUAAGUAAAUACCAAACAUUAAGAACAAGUGAGUAUCUGAAAGUCCUAAAUAACCAUGUCUUGUAAAAUAUUUUAUAUUUUUUUAGUCUCCUACAAUAUAUUUUCUGUGCAUACGAAGCCAGGUGAAAAGUUUGAGCGUAUUUUGUAUGGAGAGAUAGCGCGUAUUGAAGAUUUUCCAUACUUUGCUGGGCUUGUAAAUUGUGGCGCUGCAAUCAUAUCAGAUCGACACUUAAUCACUGCUGCCCAUUGCUUUGACGAUGCCAGUGUCCGUUUAUACAUAAGAUACGCUUAUGUCGGUGGCGAAACAAAGAAGAAUAGCCAAGUAGUAAAGUAUAAAAAUGUAUUCAUACAUCCAGGUUAUGUAACGUACGGUGGGGUGCCAUUUAAUGACGUCGCUAUAAUUGAGCUGGCAGCACCGUUGAGGUUUUCUAAUAAGGUGCAACCUCUAAGUCUUCCUGAGCAAAUGGGCAAUCGUAAGACGUCUAUGGUGUUUGUUGGGAGGGGGAUUGAUGAGACAGGUGAAAUAUCGAAGGAAAUUAAAAGUAUGAACGUUGAAGGGUUGACUGUAAAAGAGUGUAUAUCCCUGAUACCGCCAUUUUACCGAAAGUACUUCCAACAGUAUCUGGACAUAUUGGCUAAAAUGAAUAUCUGUGCAAAGAGGCCUGGCAAUAGACCCGGAAUGUGUAAUGGUGAUUCAGGCAGUCCAUUAGAAGAAGAUGGCGUGCUGGUUGGGUUGGCGUCAUUUGGUGGUGCAGAUUGUUCGACUAGUCGACUGGGCUUUUUUACCAAUGUCGCAUACCAUGUCGAAUGGAUCAAACUUGUCACUGGAUUGUAGAUACGGCAGUAUACAACGUAAAGUUAUUUGGGGUUUGACACAAAAUCACUAAGAAUUUGUAGAAGAAUGUCAUUAGCUAACGCUUUGUCACGUGAUCAUUCUAUUUUUGUCUCAAGCCUCUGUAGCUUUCUGUCAAGUGUUCGUAUAUGUCAAUGUCAAUUUUUGACAGCUCGUGCGC